UUGGCCUUGUGAGGGGUAGGAUGUGCGUCUUUCUCUGCUGCUGCACGAGACCUCGGCAGGAUAAAUCUCCCCGAUUUAGAAGACACAACAAAACUUCAGGAGCGUUUGUCCACUUGUGAUCUUUUGUGAUGGUUAAUAUUGCCCGCAAGAAAACAAUACACCAGACCAUCAGACCAAACAAGCAACAACUGAGUGAACGUCAACGUGGGGGUAAUUCUUUCUAAAAUCUUCCCUAUUCGUUUGUUAUAAAGUCUUCUCUUGAUCAAAAGUGUUGCUCUGACAUUUAUGCCGUGUAUCGGAGCCAAAACAGACAAAGUAAACGAUAGUGGUGAGUGAAAUAUAGAAAAAGUAAGCAAGUUGAACCUCCCUGCGAGCUAUUUUCUGAGUGCGAGCUGAUUCCUACAACACCGUGAUGUAAACAAAUCGAACGCAAAUCGAAGAUGGAGAAGAAUUUUGGAGGUGGCGGCAGCUUAUGAAGGGAAGCCGGCACCCACUCCACUGACAUGAGGAUGACUUGUGUGAGUGGAGGAGGCGGCGAAGGCGGACCAGGAGGGAGGCUGCGGGCGUGCUGAUGGGCGGCGUGCUGGCCAAGAGGCAGGGCGGCGGGCAGGGCGCCAGGGCGGGCCAGCGGGGCCUCCCUCUCCGCCACCGACAGAGCCUCUCGGAGUUUAGUCUUGUGCACAUCGCCACAAACCUGACCCAUCGCUUCUCUGUCCUAAGUGGCCUUUCUGUGAUCUCCUUGGUGUCGGCGCCGGUUAGUGAGGCGAACCGGCGGCCUUGGACCAGAGUCUCCAGGAAAAGGUUUCAGGCUAAAACCCUUGAAAAUGAGUAUGCCUACAGCAAAACAGUGUGGCCUGUGGCACAGACUGAAGCCCUCUUCCUUCCAGAGUUUCCCGUUGGUAUAGAAGAAAAGUUAAAGCUUAUAUUUUUAGGGGAAAUUAGGCGUGGAGCCUUCGGUCAGGUGUUCCACGUUAAAUGUUCCAUCUCCAACAAGGAGUAUGCUAUGAAGGUCCUCUCAAAGUCACAGGUGUGUAGUCUGGAUGCGGUGGGUCAGGUGAAACAGGAGGUGAUGAUCCAACAUGUGUGCAGCCACCACCCCUUUAUCACCCCUCUCGUCCACUUCUGGCAGACCCGCAAACUCCUCCUAGUCAUGACAGAGUUUGUGGGCUACGGGGAGCUGCAGCAGCUGUGGAGAUCUCUGGGGCGCCUGCCUGAGAACCUUGUCAAGAUAUACCUUGCACAGAUAGCACUUGCACUUGAUUUCCUCCACAAUGCUGGGAUCAUCUACCGUGACCUUAAGAUGGAAAACAUUCUCCUUGAUGCUGACGGCCAUAUCAAGAUCAUUGACUUUGGGCUGGCCAAGUGGCUUAGCUACGGGGGCCGCACAUCCACCAUAUGCGGUACACUUCAGUUCAUGGCCCCUGAAGUCCUGCGUGGGGAGGAGUACAGCCACAGCGUUGACUGGUGGUCCCUCGGCAUCAUCGUCUACAGCCUCCUGGCUGGCCGGUACCCGUUGAGUGGCUACGACGACCACAUCACGAUGAACCAGGCUGUGUCAAAGUGUGAUUACGAGCCACCAGAGUGUGCCUCACCCCCCAUGCACUCCGUCAUCUCCAGUCUGCUCUGCCGUGACCCUCGCUCCCGCCUGCACUCCUUCUAUCAGCUCCAGCGGGAAGCACUUUUCCAUAACUUUGAUUUUGAUGAGGUCAAGGACAGAAAGAUCUCCCCAAGAAAAAUAUUAGAGGAAUAUAUAGAAAACAAAGCUAGGAGGAGUUUCCAUGAGUUUGGAGGCCUUACAAGCACACCCAAGAAGUCCAAAGCGUGUUUGAGUGAAGAUGCCAACAAGAGCCACAGCUCCUUCCAGCAGUCCCCGACACCCUCCAUGCUAAGGCCGCCCUCCAAGGACCAUGGCUGCUGGAACCCCAACCAGCGCUCAGCCAGCUCCCCAUUGCUGCACCCAGGUCGCCUAGGCCACCACGACUCCCUGGUGAAGAGUGUGUCAGCAGGUGGACACAAUGGCGCUGCUGUGCCUCUGCUGCAAAGCCCUCUCCUAAGGCUUGCCCGGGGUCAGGCAGGACACCCUCCAAGGCGGGCACGCUCCCAGGGAGCCGUGAGUGCCAGUGCCCUUCCCACGGCCGUAUCACCCCUACUGGUCAACGUGAGGGGACAGCGAAGACAGCAGUGGACGGGUGGUCAAGAGGAGGAACAGGUGGUAGACGCUGCAGCACGCACAGAAAAUGUGGCGUCCAGCGUGAUCAGUGGCAUGAAUGGCGUUUACAAGAAGUGUGCCAGCGAGGAGUUCCUGAGUGGUCAACGGAGACUGAAGGAAGGCCAGGCAGGUAGGCUGGGCAGGUCCAGCACAAACAUGGGGGCCAGUGGCCGCAGGGCCAAACCUGACACCAUGCAGCUGAAGGAGACUUUUCUUGAGCAGUGUGAAAAUAUAACGGAAGAAUUUUUCUGUGAUCUGGUCACAAGCACUCCCAAGAAAAGUAACGUGAGUGGCGGCAGCGGCGGCAACGCGCGGCACGGGUUUCGCCAAGCUGUGAGGUCUGAUGUGCAGGUUGGGAAGAAUAAUAUUAUUAAUGGUGCUUUGCUGUCAAGUAAUAAUAAUUUCUCUCCACUUGAUGAAAAUGAUUUUGAUGAAACUUUUGAUAAUUUUCCAUGGAUAAGUGAAUCUUUAGAUCCUUAGCAUACAGCUAUAUUUCCUGAAAGUUCAAGAAGGAUCUGAAUUUUUUCUGUUUCCACUGAAGAUUCAGUGUCCUACAGAAAAUCAAUGUGUCAAUUUUCAAAGUAAUAUGUGUGCUAAACUCAUAUAAUCAUAUAAAUACAGCUUACAUAUAAAAGACAUGCACUAGAAUUGAAUAUUUACAUGGUAGAAAUUGGGGAAACAGGAGAUUGCCAAACCUUAUCAGUUCUUUUAUGUAAUGGUAUUAUAAUCCUACUCUAUUUUCCAUUCUGCUGCAUUGUGUAGUUACUUGUGCCAUUGCAGUAUAAAGGUACUUAUUAUAAGAGUUAGGCCAAUACCUUAACAGUGCACUGAGAUGAGCCAUAGCUGCUGCCAAGCAAGUAAGUGUUGGUAGCCAGUUACAUCUUGAGCAGGACAGCUUGCAGGUGGUGCUUAGUACAGGUAGUACUCUUUAUAGCUAAUUAAUGGUUUCCAUGUAUAUGGCUGUUUGAUGAGGUUUGGCCUUAGUUAAUUAUCUUGAAAAAAGGUGUUAAUUUUCAUAGCAUUUUCAUCUACUGUUUCCCAGAAUUUCCAGCAAGGAAGGCCACUUUAAACAAAUGUAUUUUCAGAAUAUGCUGGUGUGUCAGCUUUUUGUCUGUACAGUAAACCCUCAAUAUAACAAUCUGACUUAUGGGAAACAGUAACUGUCAUAAUUGGAAAAAGUGUCAUAUUUAUUUGAUUGUUCAUUUCCAUGUGACCCUCUGUGGUUAACACACCCAAAUAUUGGAUAAGAAUUGUGUAAGUGCCCAUAGGUCACCAUCCCAUCAUCAUUAUCCAAGUUCAGACCACUGUGGUUGGCAGUGUCAUCACCAUGGAGCAAGUGCACAACCUUUGCCGUGAAUUGAGACAGCCUUGGUGCUGCUCAAAGCUUUGUUAGUUAGAGUUGCCCAGUGUGUCUGUUCAAUUGGCUUUAUGCAACAAAUGUUUUUUAGACAUACAGCAAUAGUUACACUUAAACUUAUAACAUUGGAAUGAAUAAUAUUUAGGGUUUACUGUAACAGCAAACUGUAAAGACAGUUACAGGACAUUACGUAAGAGAUUAUGUAUUGUAAGAGAGUAGAGGUUUGCAAAAUUACGCUACAACAUUUGCUGUGUGCGCAGCUUCAUGCUGAAAGCCGGAGUGUAGUUUAAAGACUCUUAGGUCACAAAAGAUAGUUUGGCACUGCUGCAAUGAAGUUUAGAGAUGAAUGAAAAUUGAAUGAAGAUUUAUUUAUUAGUGAUAUUACUCACUUGAUGUGUGUGUACUUUUAAGCCAAAUUGUAAUGUUUAGCAAGGCUUCCAAGGAUACAUGUAUCUUGAGAAGAGGGUGCCAUUAAGCCAUAAUUACCUGUCACAAAUGCCUGCCAGAGGAAUUACCGUGGACCCGUGCAUGUGUGGCAGUGGGCCCGUAAUUGCCAAAGUUAUAAUGUUAAUUGUUAUGCACUGCAGUCGUAGCCACAGUGGGCAGACAUGUUCGAUGCUCUUUAUUAUGCUUUGUAAAUGUAAUGGUGUUUUAUAUAUACUAUGAAUCUGCCAUGUGAUGUGGGUCAGGAGAUUUGUACAUUUUUAAUAGAUUCUACACCUUCCAUUGUUGUGGAGGCAUGAAGACUUAAGUGUGUGACAACAGCAUGUGUUACAUAUCGCAGCACUGCAGUCACAGCCGCCCUCAGAGCAGAGACAAGAGAUGAGCUUGUUCGCUGCCUACCACUGCUGCACUUACUGUCCGCAGUGAUGCACUAACAAUAGUAUUUUGCCUGUUGCCAAAGGAGGAAUGGAGUACUUCAUUCCUGACAGGAUACAUUAAAGCUUGUAUGAUGAAGUUUACAGUGAUAUUACAGACAUGUAAGUGAAGUUGAUGGGGAAGGAAAUGAAUCUCUCUCCUGUUGAUUAUUUUCUAAUAUACUGUGAGUAUUGGUAAAGAUAAGAGAACGACAAAGACCAUUAAUCUCUUGGAACUUCAUGUAUGCCACUUCUGUGAACAUUUAAGUUUUGGUACAUGUAUCAUCUGAGAUGUUUUUCCACAGCAGCUUGGCUGAUAUGCUUAGUUAUAGUGGAAGAAUUAGUUUUAUAUAAUAGCAGUAUAUUCAAUACUUCUGGUAUGAUGGAACUUAUUAUAUUAAUUUUUCUACCUUGACAGUCUCCAGUUUGUGAUGGGGAGGCACGAGUGAGGGGCCAGUGGACUUCCUUGAGGCCAUUGGUUCCAUGGUUGAACAAUGGUAGAUUGGUCACACUGGCCAGUGGAUGCUAUCAAUUGACAGUUGAUGAUGAUAGGCAAGGCUCUGUAUGGUUAUUUAUAUACCUUGGUUGUAAUGAUUGACUUUUUUCAGGUUGGCUGCUGCCUAUCACUGUCUUUUAAAGCAUAGGUUUGUGGUAUUGAUCACUAUCAAUAAUUUCAUUUAAUUCCAGGUUUGGGAAAACUUGAUUUUUAUGAGUGUUUUAUGAAAGUUCCAUUAGAUGUCAGCAGCGGCCAGUCGCAUGCUUAGCCUGGAAGGAGUGCCCAUGUUUUCUGUUUGGAGAUAGUGAGGCUCUGUAUCCUCGCUGCCUUGUAAACAAUCUUAGGUGUUCUUUACUUUGCUUACAUUUGUUGCCAUUACAAGGUUAACAGCACAGAUGUUCAGUAUAUCCAUUCCUUUUCAAAAGUCCUCGGAGUCUAUUUCUCUGAGGAGUUCAGCUUAGAAUUAAUGUUGCCUUUGUUCUAGACUUACAAGCUGACUUAACUUUCCUUCCUGGAGCAGAGUCCUGCUCGCCCCCCAUCCUGCCUUUGCAGACUUCCAUGAGGUAGUGAAUACCAUCCUAUAGUGUUUAAUAUGAUCCAUCACCCCAUGAUCUAAAGCGUAUAUAGAUCUAAAUACUGAAUCUCUUCUAUAUAUACAUAUAUUUUUUACCAUUGAGGCUUUGUAGAAGCUGCAAUCUUUUGUCCCUGAGCUCAAAUAUAUUUAUGAAUUGAUUGAAGACUAACUUUUAUAUAUGAAUACUUAUCAGGUUGUUUUAUAUUUUUAUAUUACUUUUGACUAGUCCUAAAUCAGUGAAUAAUUUAUUCUGAGUUGGAGUAUUUUUAUAAUUUCUUUAUAGUGCUUUAUUAUAAGAGAAGUAGCACUGUAGUGAUAGGUGCAAUUAUUUGCAUUACUUUAAUUAUAUAUCAAUGACCAACACUACAUGUCGGAAUGCCUCAGUGUAGUAGGAAAGUGUCCUGCCUCUCCUACGUCCACAUGUGAACAAUCUUGGGGUAAAGCAUUUUUCACCCAGGGAACAAAAUUAUUGUGAUCAAGGGCCGUUUACAAGUAAAACCCGAGAAGUUUCGGGUUCUUACAAAGAUCAGUUUAGGGCCCGUAUUACAAGUCCAAUCUGAGAAUUUUCUGGUCCCUUCAGAGUUCAGGGUGAACAACUCUGUCGGGACCUGAAACCCCGGAUUAGACUUGUAAUACGGCCCCUAAACCGACCUUUGUAGGGACCCAAAACUUCUCGGGUUUGACUUGUUAUACGGCCCCAGGUUCCAAACUGAUGUUAAGAAGUGCCCCUGCAUUAGCAGCAGGCGAUCAAUGAGUGUUUCAGUGUUCAGGUCCAUCAUGCCUGGUGGACUACAGUGUAUCUGCUUGUCUGUUCUGGCCAGAGGACUGCAGCCUGCAGGACUAUCACACAAGUGGGUCUGAAGUUAUCUAUAUAUAGAUCAUAAUCUUGGAAAAUAUUUUUGGGGUGAACAGUUGUCACUAUUGAAAAUUAAAUAGUCAGCCCACAUUAUUCAGUACCUUCAGCAUAAAAUACUAAAUCAGAUAUACACUUGUGGGAUGGUUCCUCAAGGUGGCAGUCAAAAGCCUAUUUGUUGAAUGCAUCUGACAAAUAACACUGGAUUGUGACAUCACACAGGAGAGUGCACAUUUAACUCAAUAAACUUGAUUAGUUUAAUUAAAUAUGCACUAUCCUCCUUAGGGAAGGUGUUUGUGCAGUGAAGGAUGGAGGCUUUACUUUGCAUGUUACCAUCACUAUUUUUAUCUGUACCCACAUGCCUGGCUGCCAUCACCUCUAAACACUGUAUCAAGUUAGACAUUGCCACCAAAACUCCUGUUUGCCAGAAAGUUUUGUCACAACUCCCCAAUUCAUACAUUUAAUUCUUGACACCACCAAGUUCUCUGGAUGAAGUUGGGGUGCAUAUUUUUCAAUGAUUACAUCAGAUUAGUUAUGUGAAGUAGCCUGUUGAUUAUUUUUUUGUACAUUCAAAGCUAGGAAAUUAAAUGCUAGUUUUUGUAAGAUCAUCCAUGACCUAACUUUACUAGUUAAUAUUUACAUGAGUAAUGGAACAGCAUUUAGCUGUGCACAGAACAGUCAUACCCCACUCUGUCACUUCAACUCGGGUCCAAUUUGACUUUACGUCACUUUUCUAAAGUAAUUCUUUGUUUGGUGAAUGGCGUUAUGUCUGACUUUGUCACUCAGCAAUAUAGCCUAUGCCAGAUGGUCUGGACCAGCACCAUAUUGCAAUAUAUAAAUAAAUAAAUAUAUAUAUAUAUAUAUUAUAU